AUGGCACCUCGCUCCCAACCAGUCAGAUCUGACGACAAAGAGAAUCAGACCGAUGCCAGCUCCGACCUGACCGAGAUCUUUUCAGACAACAGAUCUGAUAGUGACUCCACCAGUGACCCGGAACUUGAUAGUGAGGAUUCAGAUGAUGAAGAUGAACCCGGCGACAAUAUCUCCGAUGAUGAGAGCCAGCUGCCUCCUGAACACUACGAUGGCACUCAGGAAAUACUUGAUGAGACCCGCAUGUACUGGAAUAGGUAG